UGGCCCUCCCCCUCACUUACGCAGCAGUGCAGCACACACUCUUAUCCUCACUCAACAUACACAAACACGAAAGAGAGAAGAAAUCAGAGAGGAGAAGGGAAGGAAGGAAAGAGAGGACGACGCCGUCUAGGGCUCCGCCGCCGUCGCCGUCGUCGUCGAGCGCCAGUGAGAGAGAGAGCUCGAGGAUGAGAGGAAACGCGAUGGAGGAGAGAAAAAGGAGGUGCUCCGUUGCCGCUGAAGCUCCACCACCACUGCUAGGGCUUGUUUAAGUCGCCGUUCUGCCACCGUCGGGCUUCUGUGCCCCCGCCGAGGAGCUCGAAGGGAGGAAGGAGGGAUGUAUCGCCGCCUUCGUGCUCUGUCGCGGCGCUGCCGUCGAUUGGAGCUCGCCACUGAGCUGCUGCACCGUCUCCAAGCCGUUGCGUCGCCGCUCAUCUCUUCACUAUCAUUGCUCAACACCAUCGUCGUAUCCUCUGUCACCAGGUAAGCAUUCUCUAUUCUGUAUCCUCUCUUUCUUGCUCAUUCUCUAACUCGCUCUCACUUUGUAGUUCGAAGGUGUGUAUGAUUUUGAUAGUGAUGAUGAACUGCAAUGGCUAAUUGAGAUACAGAAGGUGCUGGAAAUUUCAUACAUGCGUGCUAAACUAGGGAAAUCAUUCUGUAGGAAAGUGUCGAGCUGCAGGAGUUUUCAUUGGGUUCAUGCCCUCCUAGUGUGGGUCUUCAAGGGAUGCGUUGGUCAACUAUGUUGAUCAGAGAAAGCUUUUUGUGAGAGCCAUUCAAGAGCUAUGGCAGUGGUGGUCGCAGUUAUUGCGUGUGGUGGUGGAUACAGAGGAGGAGGAGGCGGUGGUGAUGGUGCUUGCUACAGCUGCGGUGGUAGGUACAACGGCGGAGGCGGUGGUGGAAGCUGUGACAACUGUGGGUAUUCUGGGCUUUUGCAAGGGACUGCCCAACAAGCUCUCGCUGAAAAAUAUUGAGAAAGUGACUCGUAGAGCACAGGAGCAAUUUCAGAUGGUUUUAGAGGAGAAAAGCAGAUUUGCAUUCGAUGUUGAUCUUGAUGCUCCAAAAGUUAGAAUUCCUCUCAGAUCUCGUGGUUCAGCCAGAUGUGAUAGUCAUUUUCUUUUGGACUUUGGUCAUUUUACACUACACACUGCGGAAAGCCAGUCUGAUGAGCAGAGGCAUAAUCUUUAUUCUCGAUUUUACAUAUCAGAACGUGAUUUUGCUGCCUUUUUAUGGACUGUGGCUCUGAUUUUGGGAGUUGCAGUUUGGUUAAACCAACUCAUGAUAGUCAAAUAAUAAGCUCACCAUGGGCCAAAGAAGCUGAUAAUGUGUAUUCUGUCAUUGAUAGGUGUGGAAUGGCAGUACUUGUUAAUCAG